GCGGUGUGUUUGGAUUCCGUUGACUGAGAUACAGUUCAGGCAAGGUCAGAUCAAGAGUGUGUAAGAUAAAAACGUCUUCACUAAAAACGAACUUGCAUAUAAAGAUAAGGAAAUAUAACGUGCUCUGUUAUCUACUUUACGUGGUAUAGUUUAGCCUAACGUUCUGGCCGAGCAGCAGACAUCUGUGUCUAGUUAUGAACUGAAGUUGAAACUAUGAAGUGACUUGAAUCAGUCUUUGUUUUAUAUCUUCAUGUUGACGGUUUAAAAAUAGUUGAAUCAAGAGGCUGAGGUGCGGGUGUGUUUUUGUGGAUUGUGAGAAAGGUUCUCAUAGGUUUCACAGUGAUAUCGAAUUGUCAAGUUAUAUAAAAUUUCAACUGGGAAGCACUGAUGAAGCUGUCUUGGGGAUUGUUUUCUCUUGCAUCUAGUUCUGUUGCUGGAUCAGCUGUGACUAAACUGUACCCUGCUUCUUGGGGCUGUGUUUCGGUGGAAGUGGGCCGUCAAACAAAACGUUACUACAGCAGAAUAGCUGCUCUGGUGGAUCUGUCCGGAGUCUUUCCUCCCAUACCUACGCCUUUUAAUGAAGACGAGAGCAUAGCUUAUGAUAAACUGGCAAGAAACAUACAGCACUGGGAGAAAAUACCGUUUCAAGGAUACGUAGUGCAGGGCUCAAAUGGUGAGUACCCACUGAUGACAUCCCAAGAGAGGGUUGAAAUGGUGAGUCGCGUGAGGCAGCUCAUUGCACCCGACAGACUGCUCAUCGCUGGAUCCUCCUGUGAAUCGACGCGUAAUACAGUUGAACUCAGCAACAAAAUGGCGGCAGCUGGAGCCAAUGCUGUAAUGGUCGUCAAUCCCAGCUACUAUAAGAACAGCAUGACGGCUGAGGCACUAAUAAGGCACUAUAAGACCGUGGCGGAUCUGAGUUCGAUUCCAGUCAUCGUAUACAACAUGCCGGCCAACACAGGCAUUGACCUGACUGCAGACAUUAUCACCCAACUUGCCGAACACCCAAAUAUUAUAGGGCUGAAAGACAGCGGUGGAGACAUCGCAAAGAUAUCCAGGGUGGUAUCCCUUACACGUCACUACAAAUUUCAAGUACUGGCCGGUUCAACAGGAUUUCUUCUACCAGCGCUCCUAGUGGGGUGUGUGGGCGGAAUCAACGCUCUUGCGAACAUACUAGGCGACGAAGUCUGCGAUAUUUACAAGUUUUUCACAAAGGAUAAGCUUCAAGAAGCGGUGGAGUUGCAUCUCCGACUCGUCACACCUAACGCCAUGGUGACGCGGGAACUCGGAGUACCUGCAAUGAAGGAGGCCAUGAACAUGAUGGGCCUGUAUGGAGGGCCAUGUAGGCAGCCUCUACAGCCGCUCACAGAUUCCGAAAGGCGCCGAGUUCGGGAUGCAUUCAUCAAAAACGGAUUCCACCCAAAAUGCUAAUCAUACAAAUGUUUACAUUUCAUGUAUUUAAACAUUCAUAUAUUCUAAUUACAUUAAUAAAAGUAGUUGAUGCAAGUUUGUUGUAGAAUUAUAGGCUGGGAUAUGUCAGUCAGUAUAGCGACAACUCUGCUGGCUUGACGGCUAGGACAGGAUAUACUCGUAUGUUCCUCUUCUUCACUUUGUUCAGAUCUGCUCUGUGGUCCAUAGAACCUCUUAUAUGAUGGGUUCCGGGGAGAACGCGGCCGGAGACUGAAGCUGAUCACUGACUUCCAUUUCAUCUUGUGCCUAGGUUAAGAAUACAUGGAUCUGUGCCUCCAUUCCCUAAGCAUCUUUAUAGCUUAGUGCUUAAUUUAGCACAGGAACAACUUAGCGUUUACCUUGCACGUUGAAUGAAACAAAAUUAAUGAAAUUAAGCUGUGAGAUAGAACAAAAGUGCGAAGGCCCACAUUGAGGUGAUUAGAAGAUGAUUUACUAGAGCUGAAAGUGAAGAAAUGGAGGCCAAUGGCAAGUAAUGGGGAAAGGUGUUGUGUGUUGUGAGGCCAACGUUAUUGGACUAAAGAUAGGAACAUCCCCCAUGUCUAAGCACUAACGCUUGAAGUCUUAUCAGCGAUGUAGACGUACAAAUCCACGUAUUCUAGUGGCACCGAUCCUACCAGGAAUGAAACCAGUUCAUCCAGCCAGCGGCUAGUCGCUUUAUUUACACGCUAAGUUUAUAUUAAACAGUUUCAGUAUCGCGUGUUUCCAAUCCUUACGUUCUGACCGGUCAUGGUAACCUUCCGAGUAAAAUUCGGUACUACUCGUACACGCCUAUAACAGCUGAAGUUCAAACAGCGUCUUACAGCCAAAAAAUCAACAAACUAACAAACUCCUUGACUUUAGUCCACAAACGAACUAUACCGACCGAGCGACCCCCGCUUGCCGGCGAAAUUAGU